UUUGCCCAGUGCCCACCUGCUUCCUUCCCCUCCCCGACCAACUUCCAAAACCGACCAAAUAAACCCAUCCCUCCUCACUCAUCCACCCAUCAAUCACACGCACACACACAUCUUCACAGACCAAUCCUCUCGCUCGCCGCGCCACCCCAGCGCACGCACACGCAGCUCAGAGCGCCAAUGGCAAGAACCGGCGCCGCCCCGCGUCACCUCGUCCUGGCUGCCCUCGCGCUCUGCGCCGCGUGCGCGUGCGCCCCGGCAGGUGCGCUCCAGCCGUCGACCAUCUCCGCCGCGCCCGAGCCGUCACCGUACCCGCUGCUGCAGCCGCGGCACGGCGGCCGGCAGCCCAGCGCCCCCUCGGCGCUCCCGCCGUCGCUCUCGCUCUCCCCGGACAUAAUGCCGCUGCUCCCGUCCCCGGGCCCGGGAGACGACGCGCUGGCACCGUCCGACGCGGCGGCCACCAUCCCGUCCAGCCCGAGCCCGCCCAACCCCGACGCGCUCGAGCCGGACUCCGCGUUCGCGCCGUUCGGCUCCGCCGCGCCCGCCGCCGUCGCCGGGAUGCAGUCCUCCGCGCCGCCGCCGGCGUCCCGAGUGUCCUGGGCGGCGCUCCCGGCCGUGGGGCUCGUGGCCGCCAUGUGGUUGGCGUAGCGGAUAGGACAGGGGAUGAGGGACAGCGGCAGCAAUCCGCCAGGCCUCAGGCGUGCAGGGAAAGUUGGUCGGUCGGCUGUGCAGGAUUCGCAUGCGCUCCAACCGAAGAUAAUUAUUACCUUUUGUUCUUCACAAUGUUCUUGGUCAUCUCUUGUAAAUUUCAUCCUUAGUUGAUAAAUUGUUUCUCCGGUGCUACAUCAUAUAGCCUUUUUUCCCUGUAUUUUUGUGAUUUUUGGUGUGUGGAGAUUAUUUGAGCCAUUCUUGUAAUAAGAUUAGACUGGAUGGGUGGUUAGUUGAUGAUUAUAUUGCAAUGUCAUUUCUUGGGA